UAUUACGUGAAAUUGCACAUGAAAUUUUAAUAACGUGGAUAGAAAACAUUGUUUAUUAUUACAAUGAAAUGUCACUAUGAGGUAUUAGGAGUUGCACAAAAUGCUGCUGACGAUGAUUUAAAAAAAGCCUACAGAAAAUUGGCAUUAAAAUGGCAUCCAGAUAAAAAUUUGGAUCAUACAGAAGAGGCAAGAGAACAAUUCCAACUAAUUCAACAAGCUUGGGAAGUGUUAAGUGAUCCUCAUGAACGUACUUGGUACGAUAAUCACCGUGAGGCUAUCUUAAAAGGAGGUAUUGGGGAAGAUUAUAAAGACGAUUCCAUUAAUCUCUUUCCAUAUUUCUCAACUACAUGUUUCAAAGGAUAUGGAGAUGGUGAAAAGGGAUUUUAUACCAUUUUUCGGAAUGUUUUUGAAAAAUUGGCAGCUGAAGAUGCAGAAUUUGCUGAAGACAAUGGUUCAGAUGAAGAAGUUCCAAGGUUUGGAGAUUCACAAAGCUCGUACGAAGAAGUUGUCCAUAAUUUCUAUGCUUACUGGCAAAGUUACAGUACAAAGAGAUCAUUUGCUUGGUUAGAUCCUUAUGAUAUAAGGGAUGCUCCAAAUAGACGAGUUGUACGACUUAUUGAAAAAGAGAACAAAAAGAUUCGAAGUAAAGCUAAAAGAGAAAGAAAUGAACAAGUAAGAAAUUUGGUUGCCUUUGUACGUAAACGUGAUAAACGAGUAGAAGCUCAUGCAACAAAACUUGCUGAACGUGCUAAAGAAAACUUGAAGAAAGCAGAAGAAAAAAAGAGACAGCAACUACUGGAAAGACAAAAACAAUUAAGAGAACAAAAAGAAUGUGAAUGGGCGAAAUUUUCAAAUAUAGAAGCUGAACUUCGAAGUAUUGAGGUGAACCUUGCUCAAGAAUUUGGUGAAAGUUUAUCAUCUGAAGUAGAUGCAAAAGAUGAAAAUGCAGCAGAUGAUGAUACUUUUUACUGUGUAGCCUGUAAUAAAAUAUUUAAAACACAUAAAGCAUUCACAAACCAUGAAAACUCCAAAAAACACAAAGAUAAUAUUGCUGCAAUGAAGGCAUCUAUGAUAAAAGAUGAUAAAGAAUUUGAAAGUUCUCUGGAUAGUGAUGUUAGUUCGCAAACAACUUCUGAAAGUGAAAGAAAAUUGGCAACAGAUGCACAAAUGCCUAACUUUUUAUUACACCCUGUACAGACUAGUUUACAGAAUGAAGGUGACAUCAAGGAAGAAAUAUCAGAUGAAGAAUUAAUAUCGGAUGAUGAGAAUAUUGAUAAACCAUCAAAAGAUAAAGAUAAAAAGUGUUAUCCAGAAGGAACUACAUUGGCUGUAGGGCCACAGAUGGAUGAUGUCAUUUAUAUUCCGCCUAAAGUAAUUGAUGAUAACAACGAAUGUACAACUUCCGAAGAUGAGCUUAUUUCCGAUCAAGAAGAUGAGGACUUACAAGUUCAGGCACAGAAGAAAAAGAAAAAACGAAAGAAGACCAUUCAAAGCCCAUUGACAGAGGAAGCUAGUGAUGAAGAAGAUAGAAAUGUCAGUCAUGAUAUAUUUUUAUCAAAAAAACAACGUAAGAAACAGCAGCAAAAAAAAGCAAUGGUAAAUAAAGUUUCUGAGACUAGUCUACAACAAUCUAAUGAUAAAGUGGAGGAGACUGAAGAACAAGUAGAAAAAGCAAUAGAUGCAGAGGAAGUAUGCUCUGGUAAUUUAGAAAUAAGUAAUACUAGUAAUGAAAAACUUAAAAACAAGAAAUCAAAGAAUGCAAAAAAGUUAAAUAAAACAACAGAAAAGGAAACUGAGACAAAAAAUAAGAAAGGCUCACAAAUUACUGAGGUUUCAGAUCUAGCACAUUGCUGUGUUACAUGUAAAUCUGAAUUUCCUAGUAAAAACAAGUUAUUUGAUCAUUUAAAAAAAACAGGACACUCUGUAUAUAUCCCAAAUGCAAUUAAAAAUAAGAAAAAUCAAGACAAAUCAAGAAAAAUGUAA